GAAACAGCCUUGGCAUCUCAUAGCUUCCCCUCCCCUAGUGUCUCCUUAAAACUGUGUGCUUAGAUUUCACGACCUUAUCCCUUUGAUCAUAUUACGUUGUUCGUUUCUGGGUUUGAUUCCUCAAGCGGAAAAAAAUAUGACAAAAGAUAGGCAAAUCGGAGUAGCAGUGGAUUUCUCCAAGGGAAGCAAAUUAGCUCUGAAAUGGACAAUCGACAAUCUGGUAGACAAAGGCGAUACCCUUUAUCUCAUCCAUGUCAAACACCAUCAGAACGACGAGUCUCGCAACCUUCUUUGGUCCACCACCGGCUCACCUUUGAUUCCACUAUCGGAGCUUAGAGAGAAGGAAGUGAUGCAAACGUAUAAUGUUGAUCUUGAUCCCGAGGUUCUAGACUUGGUUGAUACGGCUUCCAAACAGAAGGAGGUGACUAUUGUGGCAAAGAUUUACUGGGGUGAUCCCAGGGAUAAAAUAUGUGAAUCCAUUGCUGAUUUGAAGCUGGACUCUUUGGUAAUGGGCAGCAGAGGCCUUGGCACCAUUCAAAGGGUACUGAUUGGAAGUGUGAGCAAUUAUGUGAUGGUACAUGCAGAUUGCCCUAUAACAAUUGUGAAGGAGCCUAGUACUCAUUGAUUUUGAUCACAAAGGCUGAACUUAGUUUUCUGCAAACUACUGUAUCUUUGAGAAUAAAUUAUGUUCUUGUUUCUGUUCUAUGUAAUAUGGAUAUCUUGAUUCUCAGGCUGUACUCAGAUCCCGAGAGUGCUUAAUUGGACCAGUUCCAGUGCUAUUCCCAUGAAA